AUGUUAGGGGUGGUCAAUUUUGGCAAGGGUAAUGGUGUGGUAGGGAGGCUCAAGAAGCUGACGAACUUGACAAAUCUGCAAAGGUUAGGGGUCACAGGGCUUACCAAUAAAGAAGGACAGGAGCUGUGCAAGUCGAUAGGAGAGUUCAGUCGGUUGCAACAGCUCGAAGUGCGCUCUGACUCACUUGAAUUUCUUAUCAUGAUGGAUGAAUCAGCAAUACCUAGACAUCUAGUUUCACUGAGGCUGUGCGGUAAGGUCAGCAUGCUGCCUGAAUGGAUCAAUUCACUCAACGAUUUAGCAAAGGUGAAGCUAUUGGGGACAGAACUGAAGCAGGAAGACAUCUUGUGCCUUCAAAACUUGCGUAAUCUGACUUUACUAGGCCUAUGGGAAAACUUUUAUAUAGGGAAGUCAUUGCAUUUCACCGCUGGUAAAUUCCCAAAGCUCAAGUUCCUUGACAUUGACAGGCAACCGGGGAUUCAGACAAUAGAAAUCGAGAAUGGCGCGAUGCCUGAGCUUGAGCAACUUUGGGUGAACAAGUGCCCAUCCCUACAUGGCUUGUCUGGAGUGCAGUACCUGUUGAACCUAAAUGAGCUUCUUUUGAAGAAUUGUGGUGAGAAAAGGAACCUAAUUGAGAUAUUGCAAGUACAAGUCAAUAGACACAUAAGACGCCCUAAAUUCCUCAUUGGAAGUCGAUUCCGCUGA